UUGCAUUUUAUUUUCUUCCGACUAGACGUGAGCGCGCGUGUCUUCGUUCUUUUAUUACAACUUUCAGGAAUCGCCAGUUUAAGAUCCUUGAACUUGAUUGUCUGGAAUCUCACAAACUCGGCUGUCAUCCCCAGUUUUUGUGCUCUUGCAGCAAUGCCAGAAGGACCCUCUGUAAAGAAGUUCCAGUUUCUGUGUUCUCCCUAUGUAGGGAAGAUGGUAUCCAGGGUGGGAGGAAGCACUAGACAGAUCAAUCCGGAUGAUUUGAAAACACUGACACUGUGGGAUAUCCAAGUCCAUGGGAAGAACUUGUUUUUGGCUUUUGGCACCAAAGAGAAAUUAAUACCCAGCCAUGGCAGCAUGUCCUCGGAUUUGUCUGAACAAAGACUGGAAAUGCCUGGAAGCAGUUCCUUCCUCCACGGCCAGAAAGAAAAUGAAGUUGAAGUGUGCACUCCUGAAUGCUAUCAACAAGAAGAGUCAGCAAGUUGGUUGGCAUCUGAUAUGGAUAAUAAUAAUAAUGGGCAGAGUUGGAAAUGGCUCCGCUUCCACUUUGGUCUUUAUGGAAGCCUGCGAGCCAAUGAGUUUGCAAGGGCGAAUAAAGCAAACAAAAGAGGCGACUGGAAAGAUCCAAUUCCCAGGCUGGUUCUCCAUUUUGAUGCUGGGAACUUUCUGGUAUUUUAUAACUGCCGCAUUCAGCAAUGCUCUUCUCCUAGCACUGAUCCAGCAAUUGAUAUCCUGAGCCAGGAGUUUGAUCGGGAGCGGGCUUUGAAGGUCCUUGCAAAAGAUACUCCUGUGUGCUACAUGCUCCUGAACCAAAGUUAUUUCUCAGGAAUAGGAAAUAUCAUUAAGAAUGAGGCCCUGUAUCUAGCAAGGAUUCAUCCGCUGUCCCUUGGCUCCUCUUUAGAAUCCACAGAUCUCAAAUCUUUGCUUGAUCAUGUUGUUCAGUUCAGCUUGGCAUGGCUCCACAACCAGCUGGGAAGACAGAGAUUGCGGCUACAGAUUUACAUGAAAGAUAAAUGCCCCAAAGGGCAUGAGGUAAAGAAGGCAACAUUUGGACCACCAGAUGGGUUGAAAAGACUUACCUGGUGGUGUCCACAAUGCCAGCCUCGAGUGCCACCUGAAGAGAUGGAUAUGCUUCUUGUACAAAGCACCUGAUUUGCAUAAUCUCUUUGGUUGUGUGAUUUCAAGAGUAUCAUGGAAACCAGGGAACAGGUUUAUGAUUCAACAGAGAACUUGCAAGCGCAGGUACCUCUUAAAGGGAUUUAAGAUUUACAAUUACAUACUGUGUAUUGAGUCACUUGAAUCAUCACUUUCCACAGUCCAAUUAAUCCUGGGUAUUUGUGGUUAAUGAAAAUGAUGCAAGAUCUGCAAAUGCAACAUUCAAGAUGAAGCUUGCUACCAAUGAUGAAACUAUUUGGAGGGAGAGGGAAUGGUUCCCGUCCACCUACAAUGUCAGGAAUACUCUCUAUGCUUGCACCAUACUUGUCUUGGAUUUACACAAGGUCAAACAUUUUUUUCAGAUUCUCAUUCCAAUAUUCCUUUAUUAUAGGAAUGAUUCACAUUAAAAUAAUUCUUUAUAAUUACCACUGUAAUUACAUACAUCUGUAUCAUAUUUAAUUUUCUGAGGUAGGAUUAAGAAUCAAGAUUAUGCAAAUGAGUUUUGAUUUGUAAAUGAGGAAUCCAGUUUAUAAUUGACCUAAAAUAUUGGUAUGCCAUUAAAUUAAAGGCAUGGGAUUUGGCUGUGAGCGAUAGGAAGAUUCAACCCUAUUCUAGAAUUUGAACGUGUUUAAUGUUCAGAUUAAACAAACCAAAGAUUUGAAGUUACUAAUAACAGAGAUGGUAUUUUAAAAGCUCCACUUUCUCAAUUACUCAAUAUAUAUCUUGAUAUAGUAGGGAGAAGAGGCUUAGAAUCUGGCUUAUUUGAAACCUGAAAGCUGUCUUGUACAUUGGAACGCCUGAAUUUCAUUAAAA